AUGGCGUCCAUACAGUCUUUUCUGUCGACGGAAGGUGGAUUCAUUGCGCUGAGGGUCAUUUUGUUGGCCGCGGUUGCUCUGACUGCCAUCCGGUAUUUCGCCAAAAAAGAGCGUUUGCCUGAUGUCGAGUUUCUCCGCGCGAGCAACAAGCCAGGAAGAGCUGGAGGUUCGGAAGACAUCCAGGCUUUUCUCAGCGACAGCCUGGGCACGAUUAUGAAGGGCUACAACGAGUAUUCCAAGCUGGGAAAGCACUUCCUCCUGCGCACUCCACGGCAGGUUUAUUUUAUUGCGGCACCAAAUUUCCUCGAAGAAAUCCGCAAGAUGCCUGAUAGCAAGCUCAGCCAGCCAGCGGCAGCAAAUAUCAUUUUUCAGGUCAAGCACAACUUCCACCCGGACCUCGAGGCCGACAACUAUCACUUCAAUGUAGUCCGAGGCAAAAUGACGCAGGGUAUAAAUCAGUAUCUGCCCGAUCUCGUCGCAGAGACGGUACAUGCAUUCGAUUUCGAAGUCGGUAGCGACGCUUCCCAGUGGAGAGAGCUACGGACGUGGUCCCUGGUGUCAAAACUCGUUACACGCAUGGCUAAUAAGAUGCUUGUUGGCGCCCCCCUCUGCAGGAAUGAAGAGUAUCUGCAGAUGUCCUGCGACAUCACACCAGCCGUUUUCGACACCGCCGUGAAGAUCCGCAACUACCCGGAUUUUGUCAAAUCCAUAAUGAUGUACUUUAUGAAGACAAAGGAGCAGCAGCUCAAGAUAGCCCGUAAGCAUCUGCUGCCAGUUAUCGAGGGAAGAUUGGCACUAUUGGACAACCCUGUUUCUCGGGAAAAGGGCAAUAAGCCUGUGGAUACAUGGAAGAGAAACCCGGAAAUUCUCAUGCAAAGGUUGCUCCACCUGAACGUGAACGCAAUUCAUGCACCUGCAUACACUGUGACAGAAUGCAUGGUUGACCUUUGCAAGAACCCGGAGAUUCACGAAGAACUCCGCGCUGAAAUUGAACAGGUCUUGGGAAAGAACCGCGACGCUAGCUGCUGGACGAAGGAGAACCUAGACCGUUUGGUGAAACUAGACAGCUUCAUCCGCGAGUCCUCGCGGUUGACGCCCAUCAGUGCCGUCAAAAUGGAACGACUGGCGGUGCAGGAUGUCCGACUGAGCGACGGCACAUUAAUCCCGCGUGGGACAUCGGUAGCUGUGAUCGCGCAUGGCCGACAUCUCGACGAAGACAUUAUCCCCAAUGCGCGGACAUUCGAUGCAUUCCGGUAUGCUCGUCUGCGCACCGGCGACGAAAUGGCGGAUGCGGAAUAUGCCUUCGCGCAAGCUACCUCUGAGAACAUGCUAUUUGGACUGGGCCGGCACGCAUGCCCCGGCCGUCAGUUCGCAACCGCACUCUGUAAAGUGUUCCUCAUCUGCGUGCUCGUUCGCUACGAUGUGAAGUUUCUCGAGGGUCGUCCUCUGCCUCAGGGCCGUUGGACGCAGAAGUUCCGCAACCCUGAUACUACGACGACAAUGGGCUGGCAACGCACGCGGUCGACGCGGUUCGAUGGUAUUUUUGAUUGA